AUGGUGGUGUUUAUGGUGGUGGUGGUUGUGGUGGUGGUGGUGGUGGUGGUACAGGUGGUGGCGUUGAUGGUGGUGGCGGCGGGUGUGGUGUUAGGGGUGGUGGUUGUCAUGGUGGUGGUGGUGGUGGUGUUAGUGGUGGUGGUGGGGGGGGGCUUUGGUGAUAUUGAUGGUGGUGCCGGCGGAGGUGGCUUUGGUGAUAUUGAUGGUGGUGCCGGCGGUUGUGGCGGUGGGGUGGUUGGUUGUGGUGGUGAUGGUGUCGGUGAUUGUGGUGGCAAUGGUGGUGAUGGUGGUGGUUGUGGUGGUUAUGGUGCUGGUGGUAAUGGUGGCGGUGAUGGUGGUGGCAGUGGUGGGGAUGGUGGUCGUGGUUGUCGUGGAUGUCGUUGUGCUGUUAGGGGUGGUGGUGGUGGUGCUAGUGGUAGCAACGACGGUGGUGGUGGUGGUGGUUGUGGUGGUGGUGACGGUGGGUGUGGUGGUGAUGGUGGUGGCGGUGGUGCGGGUGGUGGUUGUGGUAGUAGUGGUAGUGGUCGUGGUGGUGUUAAGGGUGGUGGUGGUAGUUGUAGUAGUGGUAGUGUCGGUGGUGGUGGCAGUGGUGGUGGUGGUUGUGGUUGUGGUGGUUGUGCUCCUGGUUGUGGUUGUGGUGGUUGUGGUGAUGGUGGUCGUGGUGGUGUUAGUGGUGGUGGUGGUCGUAGUGGUGAUGGUUGUGGUGGCGGUGGUGGUGGUAGUGGCAAUGGCGGUGGUGCUUGUGGUGGUGUUAGUGGUGGUGGUGGUGUUGAUGGUGGUGGCGGGGGCGGUGGUUACAGUGGCGGCGACAAUGAUGGUGGUGNUGGUUGUGGUGGUGGUGGUGGUAUCAGUGCUGGUGGCGGCGACGGUGCCAGCGGUUGUAUUGGUGGUGGCGGCGGUGGUGGUGGUGGUUGUGGAGCGGCGGCGGCGGCUGUUGUGGUGGUUGUGAUGGUAGUGGUGGUAUCGAUGGAUGUGGCAGCAGCGGUGCCAGGUGUUGUUUUGGUGGUGGUCGCGGCUGCGGUGGUCGUGGUGGUGGUUUUCGUGGUAGCGGCGGCAGUGGUGGUUGUUGUGGUGGUGGCGGCAACAGUGGUGAUGGUCAUCGUGGUGGUGGUGGUUUUGGUGUUUGUGCUGGAGGUGGUGGUCGUGGUCGUGGUGGUGACAGUGGUCGUGGUUGGUUAUGGUGGUGGUGGCAUCUGUGGCGGUGGUGGGGUCGGUGGCAGUGGUUAUGGUGGCGGUGGUGGUGGUGGUGGCGAUUGUGCUGGUUGUGCUUGUUGUGGUGGUGGCGGUUCUGGUGGGAGUGAUGGAUGCAGUGGUGACAAUAAUGGUGGUUGUUGUAGUGGUGGUGGUGAUGGUGUUAGUGGUGAUGCGGGUGGUGUUGAUGAUGGCGGCGGCAACUGUGGUGGUUGUUGUGGUGGUGGUGAUGGUGGUCAUGGGGGAGGCGGCGGUGGCGGCAGUGGUGUUAGAAGUUGUGGCAGUUGA